UGCUUCAAAACUUUAAACAUGGUACUGAAGGGAUUUUAGGAGUUCGCGGAUCAACCUCGUUGUGGUGUUGUUUUAUGCAGUAAAGUAGCCAUUACGGUAGCUUCACGCUACACUGCUACGUGCGCUGGAAAUGACUCUCCAAACGAUAAGUUACGCUCCUGAUGCAUGGAAGCUCCUCUCGGGGUUCUUCUGCAUCUAUAAGCCAUCAAAUAUAAGGCUUCUGGACGUGAGAAAGAUAAUAAUUGGGAACCUAUGUCGAGAUCUAAACGACAUGGAGGUGAGGCCUCCAACCGACUACGUAAAGAUUGAAGGGUCCGUUACAAGUGGUCAGCCCCUCACUGUGACAACGGUACCCAACCUGGCUGACCACCCUCUAGUUGUUGGACCGAGGUACCAGCAGCAGGAUGUUAAGAUGACAUGGGUAACCCACGUUGGCAAAGUCGUCUCAGGAGUUGUUGUAAUGUGUGUGAAUGGCAACCACAAAACGCUCGCGAGGUUACAAGAAGCCAACCAUCUACGCACCUACGAGAUCCGUGGUGAAUUCGGAAGGGCGUCGGAUUCACUUCGGCCUACAGGACGUAUCAUUGAGAAGGCCACCUACAGACACGUAACUGUUGGCAAGCUGGAACGUCUGUUGGCGACCAUCCAAGCCGCGCAUCAAGCCCAAGCUUUCAACUAUGCAGGAGUCCGAAUGGACAGCCAGACUGCGUACGACCUAGCUGCGACUGGAGACGUUCGACCCGCAGGGAAAUCACCCACUCUUAUAUACGGCCUACGCUGCAUAGAUUUCAGCCUGCCAUACUUCACCUUAGAAUUGACCUGCAUCAACGAACACCAGUCCUAUCUGAUGCAACUCGUGAAUGACAUCGGGCUGAAACUGCGGACGUGUGCCCUGUGCCAUCAAGUACGACAGACUCGGUACGGACAUUUCGGCCUCGACCAUGCCUUGCUCCGUAAGCACUGGAAUCUGGAACACAUACUGCAGAACAUACAGCACUGUCGCCCUCUGCUGACGAGCGACAAGAUAAUGCCACCUUCUCCCCACUUUGUGGAGAGCAGCAGCAUGGAGGUGCACACAAAGAACACCUUUACUGAUUGAGAAUGUUCCGACAGCUUGUUAGUUGUGAGUAGCAAGCUUGUUUUUAGCAGUACGGAAAGCACGUAGUAUUCCUUUAUUUAAUUUUCCCCAGAGAACUUGCAAAUGGAGGAGGAGGCAGGGUUGCACAGAGGAGGUUUGUAUGGAGGGAUAUGCUUCAUUGUGCAUGCGAUGCAGUAAAGUUUGUAUUUAUGCAAGCAUACAAACAGUGGACCUGUAUGAAAUGUGUACAGCUUAAAGCGUACUUAACAAUAGCAGUUUCAUCGGCAGGAGAUGCGGCAGAGCCACCCCAGCGGUACUAGGGAAAGGUGAAGGGAGAGGGGGCCCGGGCUAUCCCACUUGUGUUAGAGGGGAGUCUUUCGUGAACCAGAUGCGCAGACUCUGAAUGCAGAUAACCUAACCACAAACAAACUCCCCUCUCAACAUGAGCCUAGCCCAAACACUCUUUCCCUUUAUCUUUUAAAAUUACACACUCAUAGGUGCCUUCAAUGUGGUAUUUCACACUACUCAACUAGGAAGCAAUGGUUUACAGGAUCAUGCAACAUUUUGUGGGGAUGUAUUGUUGACAAAACCAGUGGUCCUACUUCAUACGUUGCAAUGUGUUGGGGAGAUUUGUCCAAUGAUUUGGGGAGAUUUGAGAGAUAGACAGAUGUUCUGGACCUAAAGCACUGAACACUCAAAUGUGCGCCGCAAUUACGCGAGAGUCUCGAACAGUUGUAAAUACCGUCACGAGGACAGAAGACAGUUGUAAGUACCAAUAAACAAAAGUAAAAUAUAAGUUGGUAAAUGUA